UGGCCGGCGGGCGGGGUGCGGUUGGUUACGGGGAGCGCGCUACCCCGCUUGACAGUCGUCGACUGGCUUGAGUGGGGUGAGGGUCGGGAGCGUGUCGUCUGCGGAAGUCCGUGCCACUGUGCUGUGCUGUGCUAUAUUGUGUCCGUGUGGCGCGUCCGACUGCCGCCGGAGUGCCAUGUGACCGGCGGCGCGACGCCAUGUCAACGCUUAAUAAUUUGGACUUCGUAAGAAUGACGACCUCGCCGUCGUCUACAAAGCUGAACGGCGCCCUGGAGCCGCCGGCGCCGAGCUCCACACAGGACGGCGACUGGCUGCAGUGUCUCGUGUGCCGCGGCGUCUACAAGGACCCGUGGCUGCUGCGCUGCCUGCACACCUUCUGCCAGGCGUGCUUCGACGCACGCGUCGAGAAAGAGGGCAAGAACGAGUGCCCCGUCUGCCAGGAGCGCGACGUGUUCGGCCACCUGAAGCUGCGUCCCGACUACGCGGCCCGCUACGCUCUGGAGCACGGCGCGGCCGAGCGGCGCCCGGUGCCGUGCUCGGGCGUGCCGGGCGCCGGCGAGUGCGGCCGCCCGGCCGUGUCGCACUGUCCCACCUGCGCCAAGUACAUGUGCACCGGCUGCCACAACGGGCACUUGGAGGUGAGCCGCGCGCACCGCGUGCAGUCGCUGGGCGAGGCGCGCGCCGACGGCAAGCGGCCCGCCUGCUGGCUGCACGCGCACCAGCCGCUCAAGCAUUACUGCACCGUUUGCGAGGCGCCCACGUGCGAGCUCUGCGCCGAGACGCACCCGGCCGAGCACCGGCGCGUGCCGCUGGACGAGGUGGCCUCGGACGAGAUCAACGUCUUCUGCGCCACCGUCGACGGCCAGAAGCGCAAGGUGAUGGACAUGAAGAAGAUUCUGGCCCGCCAGAUCCGCCGCCACAACGAGGCGUACGAGCGCUGCCGCCGCGUGGUCGACGAAGGCCACGAUGUGCUGAUCGACGUGCUGCCAGCCGAUAAGGACCAGGUGCUGCUGAAGCUGGAGGAGCGCCACCGCCUGCAGAAGACGCGUCUGGAGAAGUUCGGCGAGAAGGUGCUGCUGCUGGCCGGCGACGUGACGCACAUCAUCAGCGUGAUGGAGCGCCAGCUGCAGUUCGGCCUCAACGGCGAGGUGCUGGCGCUCAAGAAGCCGGCCGAGAGCAAGUUGGGCGUGAUGAACCGCAAGAUCGACGACCACUUCUCGGCCGAGCAGCCGGUGGCGCAGGCGCUGCUGAAGAGCGGCGCUGAGAUCGGACGCGACCUCAUGCGCUGCGUGUACCGGCCGCAGGUGGCUGACAGUCGGCGCACGUCUCCCGUGCAGACGGUCGAGCUGGGCGCGCUCAACGGCUUCGGCAGCAGCCCGUCGGGCUCGUCGCACGGCUCUAGUCCCGAGCUGUCGCUGGAGCAGAGUCUGAGCCGCGGCUCGUCCUACGACCACGAGCUGCUGUCGGACGGCCGGUCCGGCGGCGUCGACAUGGGGCUCGGCUUCGCGCUGCCCGCCGAUCUGUCGGCCAUGCUCAACGGCAACGCUACCAGCGAGCUGUUCUCGCAGCCGCCGUCGUCGCUCGGGCUCGGCUCCAUCAGCAACGGCCACGGCUCUGGCGGCGGCGGCGGCGGAGGCGGCGGUGGUGGGGGCGGGGGUGGUGGCGGCGGUGGGCUCAGCAACGGGCACGGCUCCAAGCUGGGUGCCGUCGGCGGCGGUCUGAACGGCCUGCCGGCGCUGACCAACGGGCUGGAGCACCAGCUGCGGCUGGAGGAGCGCGGCGUGCCGUCCCGGCCGACCACCAGCUACAACGGGCUCGACAUCGGCACCCACCACAGCCUGGUCGACUUCAACAGCCUGUCCGACUUCGGGCCGAGCCGCAUGACCAACGGCCUGGGCUCGGGCUCCAGCGGCUCGGCCGGCUUCCCGACGGCCAACGGCAACGCCGGCGGCCUGGGCCAGAGCAUCCUGAGCGGCGCCUCCGGCAUGGAGCGCUCGUUCAGCGGCAGCUACGACAGCGGCUUUUCGGGCCGGUUCUCGCCCUACUCAGUCAGCCAGUACGGCCGCUGGUCGAACGGCAACGACGUGGGCGAGCCGAUCCGGCCGCCGUCGGCCGCCGCUGGACAGCUGAGCCGCGGGCCACCGCCGCCGACGCCGACGCCGGCGCCGCCGCCCUACCCGCCGCGCGGACAGAUACGCCGCCAGAAGAUGAUCUACAACGUCAAGCUGGGUGAGUUCGGCGUGAUGGAGGGCCAGUUCACCGAGCCGUCUGGCGUGGCCGUGAACGCACGCAAUGAGAUCAUCGUCGCCGACACCAAUAACCACCGCAUCCAGGUGUUCGACAAGGAGGGGCGCUUCCAGUUCAGCUUCGGCGAGUGCGGCAAGCGCGAGGGCCAGCUGCUCUACCCGAACCGCGUGUUCGUCAACAAGCAGAGCGGCGACAUUGUGGUGACGGAGCGCUCGCCCACUCACCAGAUCCAGAUCUACAACCAGUACGGCGCCUUCGUGCGCAAGUUCGGCGCCGACAUCCUGCAGCACCCGCGCGGCGUCACCGUCGACAACAAGAACCGCAUCGUGGUCGUCGAGUGCAAGGUGAUGCGCGUGCUGGUAUUCGACUACUUCGGCGACGUGCUGAAGCGCUUCGGCUGCAGCCGCCACCUGGAGUUCCCCAACGGCGUCGCCGUCAACGAUAAGGAGGAGAUCUUCAUCAGCGACAACCGCGCCCACUGCGUCAAGGUCUUCAGCUACGAGGGCCAGUUCCUGCGCAAGAUCGGUGGCGAGGGCAUCACCAACUACCCAAUCGGCGUCGGUAUCAACCUGCUCGGCCAGGUGGUGAUCGCCGACAACCACAACAACUUCAACCUGACCGUGUUCACGCAGGAGGGUCAGCUGGUCAGCGCGCUCGAGUCCAAGGUCAAGCACGCCCAGUGCUUCGACAUGGCGCUGAUGGAGGGCGGCUCGGUGGUGCUCGCCAGCAAGGACUACCGGCUGUAUGUGUACCGAUACGCGCCGUCCCAGGUGCAGUUCGCGUACCCGUUCUAGGCGCGCGGGCCGAGCGACGGCGCCGCUUCGACCCGCCCGGCGGCCGCCCCCCUGUACAGAGUGUGGCUAGCCUAGCGGGCGCCGCCGGGCGCGCGCGGCCGGCCGUCGCUCCAGCACAACAACCCGACUCGCUCGCUUGCGUUUUGCUCGUUGGCCAUCGCCCUAGUCAGGUUAUGAAGCGUUCGUUGCGCGUCCGCCCCUGUCACCGUUGCUAUUAGCAGCUUUAACGUGUUGUUGAGAGGUGGGACCGUUUUGUUUUUGUUUGCGUUGAAGCGAUGAUCUAACUUUGUUGCCUAUUUAAGUUCCCUUAUUUAUUCCGUUGAUAUUACCGCUGGGUUGAGUUUUUUGCAUUUUAACCAUUUUAGCCCCGCCUCCUUUUAAACGUUUUACCGUCCCGUCUUUCCUGUGGGCGGCCUGGCCUGCCCGUGGCGCCGCGCGCGGGUGUCUGUACUGUAGCUGGGGCGACGGAGGUGCCGCCGGCCGCCCGAGCAGCGGCUGGCCGGCGGCGGCCGUCGCCCGCCCGCCCGCGCCGGCCGACCCGUCGUGACCCCACCCUCUUCUCGCCCCGCUUCUCACCUGGAAGGCUGUGUAUGGACGCUGUUUGUACCUCAUUGUGGCCGAUCUCCGCCAGUUAAAUGUGUGGGAUUUUAUAACGUUUUGUACUUUGCUAGCCCUCUCACAGCCCCCGAAAACGGAAGCGCGCCGGCCACGCGCGCCGAGCGAGAGGCGUGGGCAGUGCACGGUCGCCAGCCGCCGAGUCAGUGCCUCCUUUGCCGUUAAAAGUCGAUGAUACCGUAUUUUUGCAAUGUUUUCUUUUAUACAAGGUGAGCCGCUGGCACCCCUCACUGUCUCGCCGAUCUUCGCGCCGCUCGCGUGUGUCUCACUUUCACACUCACCCACUCACCAGCACAUACACAGGUGCGCGCGCACGCGCGACGCCGCCACCAGUCGCCCCCACGCCCAGCGGCAACAUUUCUUCCGAAUGGGACCAGUGUUUCGAGAGGCGGGCGCCCCGGGCCGCCGCCGGCCGCCGGGGCGCCCCACUCUCCGGAUCGGGCCCGACCGGGCUCCUCAGCACACGGAUAGAGAAAAAGAGGGAGAAAGAUAGAGGGACGGAUGGAAGGCAGAGGCGACGCCCGCCCUGCCUUUCCAGAGAGAGGAGGGGCGUCCGGGCCGCGGCGGCGCCCGGCGCCCCGUCGGACGCUCUGUUCGCUUCGCUGCUAGCCGGUGGGCCGCGCGCGAGCGGGCUUGUACCCCUCCCAACCGCCGCGCCGCCACGGCGCCCACGGCGAGUGUACCAUUAUUGUUGAGUCUAUUUUACUACGUAGUUGGUGUGUGCGUGUGCGUGUUCGGCUAGUGUGUCGGGCCGGCCGGGCCCGUGGCGCUGCUCACGGCGGCCGAGGGCUCGGCGGUGGUCGCCGGCAUGCCGUUAGUGUUCUCGACAUAUCGCGGCCGCGGGUCCGCGCCAGGGCGGCCCCUGUAUAAACACGUAUUGGACAUUGACGCAGAGCCGCGCGCCGGCCCCACCACCGCACCGUGCGCGCGUGCUCCGCCCGCCCGGCCCCCGCCGGCCACUAUUUGUAAUAACGUAUUUUGGAGGUGUACUUGUAUCGCGGGCUCAACUGUACUCUUGUUGUGACUUCCCUUCCCUUCGUGGUCAGCCCGUUGUGAGCCACACGGGCGGCGGUCGAGCGUCUUGUUGUCUGAUUUUGGAGCUGUUUUGCGUGUUGCCGUUACCGAGUUUCGUGUUCAGCUGUUCGCCCGGGCCGGAAGUGGAGAAUCAGAGACGCCAACAUUCCAGCACGGAUUUUAAAGUUCAAAUCGCUUGGUUCUGUUACUUGUUGCGCGUCGCCGCCGCCGUCGGAGGCCGGGUUCGCCGGGCGCCUCGUACUUACCAUGGUAUAUGUAUAUGUAAGGUUUAAAUAUAUACUCACGGCUCUCUUGUUGGCCGCAGCCGGCGCCGGGGCCGUUUUAAACUCGAAGCUUUGUUACGGCGGAGCGGGGCGGGGGCGGCCGAGCGCACGAGAGCCUGGGUUGACCUCGCCACCGACUUCCGCCCCGCCCCGACCCCUUCGAACCUCGGCCCAUGUUGCGCGUUUUUAUGAUUAGUUGAUUUUUAUUUUCUUAUGUGUAAGUAGUACAUUUUACGUCUUUCAUUUGGUAAUUUGUUAAGCAGUGGUUGUACUACAGUGGUAUUCAAUAAACUGUUUGCUUAUAGC